UACGGUGCUCGGACGAGGUCUUUUACCGUAACUGGGAGUAUGUGGUUACUUUUCGACGGACAUGGCAGCUGUUGCCAAACAGCAGCUGCUCUUCAGCUCAACAUGAGUCUACUAUCCUUGUUUUACGGUCUGAAGCAGCGAUAUAUGAUCGAUAAUAUUGCUUCAGUUGGCUUGUUUCGCUGCCUUGUAGGUUCCUGUGGUUAGCUUAGCCUGUUGUACUUUGAUCUUUGAUAUCGACGUUGCUGCGUUGACGCGGCGGAAGCGACGAACGGAACCAAAACUGUCAUAUUAAAAGUCAACAAUAACCAGGACAGACCUGGAACUUCUUUGUUUACAAGAUGAAGAUGUGCCAAUAGCUGGAUCAGUUUUCCUCAGAGCUAUCAGUUCACAGCAGAGUUAUCUGAUUUCACUGUCUCAAAACAAACCGUCUUCAAUGUUGAUCUGAAGAGUUCGAAUCAGACCUCAUUGCUUAUUGGAGUAAUUUGAGCUGCCAACAGGGUUCAAUUCUUCGUUUUCAUCAAUGCGUCAAUGGAAGGUUUUCUUCAGUCAGCACAUGCGAUGGUCCAGCGCUUUGACUCAAGCCCUCACCCUGUCCGUCAUCACGUUCUGCGUCGUCCUGCCUCUGUGCUGCCACCGCCUGCUCUACUCCUACUACUUCUUCAGGUUCACGUACCUGAACUCCAUGAGCGAUGAGGUCCUACAGAAGAGCCUUGAGCGAGGCCAGGAUGCUCUGCACUUCUGGCAGAGCGGCUCUCCAAUGGAGUCGACCAGAUUCAGCGACGUCGCCCAGAAUCCGGAGCUGCUGGUGACCGUGGUGACGGCCAGGCGCAGCGAGGGACGGGACUUCCACUACCUGCUCCAGGUGAUGCAGCAGCUGAGCAGAAUCGCGGGAGGCUGUGGGGGUCGGCGAUGCGCCGAGGUGCUGCUUUGUGACGUGGAGAGCGGCCCGGAGGAAAACCAGGACGCAAAGCUGCUGGAGGGUCAUUUCAAGGUCAUACGGCGUUCAUCUCAAGAGCAGCAGGCCAACAGGGAGUCACCCAACACCUUCGAGAGGGAGAAGAGGGAUUACGUGUUCUGUCUCCGCCAGGGAUGGGAGCUGGUCAAGCCCAAGAACAUGAUUCUCCUGGAGGACGACGCUCUGCCUGGAGAGGACUUCUUCAGAGUGGUUAAGGAUCUGCUUUCUCGCCGGUUCGCCCUCCACACGCUCUACAUCAAGCUGUAUCACCCUGAAAGGCUGCAGCGCUACUGGAACCCUGAGCCGUACCGCAUCCUGGAGUGGGUGGGGCUCGGUUUGGUGGGGGCAACCGCGCUCCUCCUGUCAAUCCCUUACUGUAACCCCGGCUCCCUCUCCUUCACUCUGUCAGCCAACCACCUCAUCUUCUUCACCCUCUACUUUAUGGCGACCGCCGAGCUGAUAGGUAGGCACUACCUCUUGGAGGUGCGGAGAAUCUCCCCGCAGCUCUACGCCGUCUCCCCGGCAACCGAGUGCUGCACCCCGGCCAUGCUUUUCCCCGGCAACGCCUCGCUAAGGGUGGCGGACUUCCUGGAUGGCUCGUUUUGCUAUAAAGGGAACGCCAAGGAUACGGUUCUUUACCGCAAGGCCAGGACCACUCCUGGAGAAAGAGCGCACAGCGUGGAACCCAACCUCGUCACGCACAUCGGGGCCUAUUCCUCAGUCAGGCCCAACCCAUUGAGGCCCAAACUGCUCUAAAAAAGCACUUCACUGCAAAAACACAAAAUAUUACCAAGUUGUCUUUGGUCUAGUUUUUAGUGCAGAUAUAUUAGUACACUUAGAAUAAGACACAAAUAACUUAUAAGUAACUUUUCAUCAAGAUAAAGUAGCUUAUUUUAGCUCAAUAAUUUCUUAGCAUUGAUGAAAAAG